CGACGCCGACAUAAUGUGGCUGAACACGGCCGAGGCAAGCGCUUGCAGUGCCGAAGAAGUUGCCGGCCGACUGCGCGUCGAUCCGCGCUUGGGCCUCAGCUGGCAGGAGGCGACUUACCGGCGAAAGCUCGCCGGCUACAAUGAGUUCUCCGUCAAGGAGGACGAACCGCCGUGGAAGAAGUACCUGGAACAAUUUCAGAAUCCACUCAUUUUACUACUUCUUGCCUCGGCGUUGGUCUCCGUGUGCAUGCGACAGUUUGACGAUGCCAUCAGCAUCACCGUGGCGAUUGUCAUCGUGGUCACGGUUGCUUUCGUGCAGGAAUAUCGCUCUGAACAGUCGUUGGCGGAGCUUACAAAAUUGGUACCACCACAGGCACAUUGUAUUCGAGAAGGAUCUCCAGAUUCAUUCAUGGCGCGCGAGUUGGUACCCGGUGACGUGGUGCGGUUGAGCGUCGGUGAUCGUGUACCGGCUGAUCUUCGUCUCUUCGAAGCGGUGGAUUUGUGUAUCGAUGAAAGCAGCUUCACAGGCGAAACGGAGCCGGCGGAUAAAAACGUCGCUCCAGUUUCGAAUCCGAAUGGCACGCAUACCGAGUACACCAACAUUGCGUUUAUGGGCACCCUCGUGCGAUGCGGCUUCGGCAAGGGUGUUGUGAUUAAUACUGGCGUGAAUAGUGAAUUCGGCAGUGUUUUCAAAAUGAUGCUCGAAGAAGAAGCGCCGAAAACUCCACUGCAAAAGUCCAUGGAUAGUCUGGGAACUCAACUGUCAAUGAUCUCGUUUGCCAUCAUUGGUAUGAUAAUGCUCAUUGGGUGGCUUCAAGGCAAACAGUUGCUUGAAAUGUUUACAAUUGGUGUUAGUUUGGCCGUUGCUGCAAUUCCUGAAGGUUUACCCAUAGUUGUAACCGUAACUCUUGCAUUGGGAGUGAUGCGAAUGGCUAAGCGCAAUGCGAUUGUAAAGAAACUACCCACUGUUGAAACCCUCGGCUGUGUAAAUGUGAUCUGCUCGGAUAAAACAGGUACGAUUAAAAACGAAAUGACCGCUGCGGAUGUGCGUACAUCCGAACUCUACCAGGCUGAUAUUACCGGCACCGGAUACAAUGACAUUGGAGAGGUGAUCUUGCGUAAAUUUGACUCAGCAGAUAAAACCCGCGAGAGUAUCUAUCAGGUGUUCGAAGCGGGUGUGGUGUGCAACAAUGCUCGUUUACAAGAUGGCGAACUCAAAGGCCAGCCGACAGAGGGCGCUCUACUCUGCGCCGCCAUGAAACAUGGUAUGUUCAAUCCUGGCGAUCGUUAUAUCCGUUUACAGGAAUAUCCAUUCAGUUCGGAGCAUAAAAUCAUGGCGGUUAAAUGUAUACAAAAGUACGAUAAGUCCAAACAGGAAAUCUUCUUUGUAAAAGGUGCGGUUGAGCGGGUGCUGGCGAAAUGCACGAAAUAUUCACAAAAUGGCGUAGCGCAACCUAUGACGCAGAAUAGGGUACAGGAAUAUAUGCAGGAUGCAUCAUCAAGUGCAAGGGAAGGAUUGCGAGUGGUUGCGAUGGCUCGCGGUGAUUCAUUACAAGAUUUAAUGUAUUUGGGUUGUGUUGGUAUUCGAGAUCCACCGAGGGCGACUGUUCAGGAUAACAUUUUGACGUUGUUGCAAUCCGGUGUGCAAGUAAAAAUGGUAACGGGUGAUUCCCGAGAUACUGCCGUGUCGAUUGCACACCAGGUUAGCAUUGAAGCAAACCCCUCACAGGUGGUAUCCGGUGAACAAUUGGAUGCGUUCGGAGAGGCUGAGUUGGAUGCCGCUGUACAACAUGCGACUGUGUUCUACCGAGUAUCACCGAAGAAUAAGUUGACGAUUGUUAAGUCACUGCAACGCACCGGACAUAUUGUUGGCAUGACUGGUGAUGGUGUAAAUGAUGGAGUUGCGUUGAAGAAGGCGGAUAUUGGUAUUGCCAUGGGACAAAACGGUACGGAUGUCUGCAAGGAAGCGGCGGAUAUGAUUCUGACCGAUGAUGACUUUGGCACUAUCAUUGCUGCAAUUGAAGAGGGCAAAAGUAUUUUCUACAACAUUCGCAAUUUCGUACGGUUUCAACUCUCGACGUCAAUUGCGGCGUUGUCGCUGAUCGCGUUAGCUACAUUAAUGAGUAUUCCGAAUCCAUUAAACGCUAUGCAAAUUCUCUGGAUAAAUAUCAUUAUGGAUGGACCACCGGCGCAGAGCUUGGGCGUUGAGCCUGUUGAGAACGACGUGGUGCGACAAAAGCCGCGCAACACCAAAGAACCGAUGAUUACACGCAAAUUGGUUGGUAACGUGUUCCUUUCGGCCAGUAUUAUUAUCGCCGGUACCUUGUGGGUAUUUCAAAAAGAGAUGAGCUCAGCUGGUAUCACCGCUCGAGACACCACCAUGACGUUUACGUGUUUCGUGUUUUUCGACAUGUGGAAUGCGUUGUCUUGCCGGUCGCAGACCAAGAGUGUGUUUACGAUCGGUUUGUUCUCGAAUCGCAUGUUUCUCGGUGCUGUGACGCUCUCCGUUGUGGGACAGCUACUGGUUGUAUACUUUCCACCUCUGCAGAGAAUAUUCCAAACGGAGGCUUUGACUAUGUGGGAUAUGAUAUUCCUAACCACAUUGACAUCAUCAGUGUGGGUGAUAUCUGAAAUUAAGAAACUUAUUGAACGUGUGAUGGAACAGCGCGGUAAGCAGGGCAAGCGAUCGCCGCUGGAAUACGUAUGACGGCGUCGGGGGCCUGGGGCGAAAACCCGCCGCGACUAGCCGCAUCCCGUUCCUUGC